AUGGAGGUCUCAUCAUCAUCCUUGCCCAGUGGUCGAGAAGCCAGCCAUGGCAGCAGCAGGAGGAAUCAAAUGCUACAUGUGGCUGGAAGCUUUCUGCAUUCUGACCACGAGAUCAAAGCCGCAUCAGCGAUCGCCAAGCUUAAGGAGUUCAUGAAUAGCGCGUACUUAGCGAACUUCAUGGCGGUCGUUGUCCUGGUGGAUGCAUAUUGCACCUGCAGGGACAUUGAUGCGACAGCUGCACAGGAACAAGCGCCGGAGAUUCUCAACAUCAUCUCGGAUUUGUGCUUGGCGAUCUACUCGUUGGAGGUGCUCGGAUGGCUUGGGCUCUUUGGAAUUGGGAUCUUGAGGGAUUUUAUGAUUCUGCUGGAUCUCUUCAUUGUCAUGUGCGGUUGGGUUGAGAAGAUCGUUGACUCAAUUGAGGGUCAUGGCCUGGGCUUCAACAUUGCAAUGCUACGAGCCUUGCGGCUAGUGCGGAUCUUCCGACUCAUGCGCUUGUUGAAGCGCGUCCGACCGUUGAGGGAGUUGCACAAGCUGGUCAUGAUGAUGGCCACAUGCUUCCGGACCUUAAUCUGGUCCUUUUUGCUUUGCUUCGUCGUGAUGACCGUUUGGGCGAUGCUUUUGGUGGAAGUGGUUCACCCCGCGUUGCAGGACAUGAACGAGAGUGCCAAGUUCGUUUGCAACAAACAAUGUCUUGCAGCAGUGUCAUCGGUUAUGCAUGCAAACCUCCUGCUGUUUAAGACGGUGAUUGCUGGAGACGGAUGGGGCGAAAUUGCCGUUCCAGUCAUCCAUGAGCACCCAGGCACUGCCUUUAUUUUUGUGGGUUCUUUGCUGACGCUCGUAUUUGGAGUGCUGAACUUGAUCGUUGCUGUCGUGGUUGACACAUUUGCGGAUGCUCGAUUAAAUGACGUGCAAAAUUUGGCAGAAGAAAUGGAAGAUGAAAUUGAACAUGACCGAAAGGCCUUGGCCAAACUUUUUGCCAAAAUCGACAAAGAUGGUAGUGGUCAGCUCACUUUGUCGGAGAUGAUCGAAGGGGCUCGCCACGACCCAACGUUUCAAUCCCGCUUACGUGUCAUGGACAUAGAUGAACACGAUCUGGAACAGCUCUUUCAGAUGAUCGACCAUGACCAAUCCGGCACCAUCGAAGUGGCCGAAUUCAUCGGCCCAUUGAGCAGAUGGGCUCACGAUUCGAAGACGGCACCGCGCUUCAUCAAGUACAACAUGAUCCAAACCAUGCAUUUACAAGAGGAUUUGUACGAACUCUCCUCCGAGUGCUUCAACCAGUUGGCCGCGCGCAUCGAUGAUUUGGCACUGCAAAUGCAAGAGCUCAAGGCUCCGUGGAGCACAGAGACUCGAAGGUCCUUGCGUCGCUCCGUGAAGGGUGAAGAGACCGAGAAGGCUGGGCCAACGGAAGGUCUCGAGGAGGUCUUCUCCGACUUGGGAGCCGACUCCGGAUCGGAGGUGGAUGACCAAGUGCACCCGCCCGCCAAGCAUGGCUUGGACCAACCCUUGCCUUCCAAAUCGGACAUCCACUUCUUGUCGCCCAAGUCGGCCGAACGCGAAGCGCGGGAGACGUCGAGCUUGGUGGAGUUCAUAUUGGAAACUGCUGUUUUCAAGCUGGAGACCAAGUUAGAUGCGCUUUUGGACCAUUGCCGCCUCCGAGCUAAGCCUUUGUCAGUGUCCCCCGAACACUCCAGCGCGGACAAGAACAGUGAAGACUGGCCGGGCACCGUCGACCGGAAGCCCAAGCGACGAGCGCGCGGUUUGCAUCCAGAAGCCUUCAGGCAUAUGUACAUGGAGCGGAAUGGCAAACGCGGCCUCAUGGUGCGGUCCCUCGUGCGACUGGCUUCGGCCCGGGGCCGUGGAAACGGACACGACGUGGUUUCGGCGAAACCUGAACGCGGUGGAAAGCUUCAGUGCAUCCCACGGCGGAAGGCGAUUGGCUGGCCCUUUUGGGGCGAGUCUGGACUCUUUGCAGGCGCGAAAGCUGGAUGGUUGGAGAAGUGGCUGACGAACAGUGUGGAGGUGAAGACGAAGAAGGUGGAAAUCACCGGCAGUUUCCUCCGUCAAUCCACCGAAAUGAUGACCAACACCUCCAAGGCCAUGAACAGCGUCUACUUGGCGAACUUUAUGGCGGUCGUCGUGCUGGUGGAUGCCUAUUGCACCGUCGUGGACAUCGAUGCCACCGCAGCGCGAGAGAAGUCGCCCGAGGUCUUCCGGUGGAUCUCGGACCUCUGUUUAGCAGCUCGGCCCUGCCGUGUGCUGCGUGGCGUAGAAGUCACCGGUCCUGGCAGGGACUGGAUGAUGUUGCUGGACCUUUUCAUUGUCUUAUGCGGUUGGGGCGAGAAGGUGAUUGAGACCCUGGCCGACGGCGGUUUGGGCUUCCGGAUUGCCGUGCUGCGCGCCUUGCGGUUGGUGCGGAUUUUUCGGCUCAUGCGCCUGUUGAAGAGGAUCCGACCCCUUAGAGAGUUGCACAAGCUGGUGAUGAUGAUGGCGACCUGUCUUCGUACCUUGCUCUGGUCCUUUAUGCUUUGUUUCGUCGUGAUGACCGUGUGGGCGAUGCUCAUGGUGGAGGACAUGAUCAAUGCUGAUGAGUUGCUGGCGGAGAAGAAGUUUGCAUCUUGCGAUGGAACAUGUCAGAGGGCCAUGUCAUCGGUGAUGGACGCCAAUUUGUUGCUCUUCAAGACGGUGAUUGCUGGCGACAGUUGGGGUGAGAUCCCUGACGAGAGGCAAGUUCUCAUGCUUGCUUUGGGCAAGGUGCUGCGUGAAUUGCCCGAGUGUAAGGUCAGUCCCACAGACUUGUGGGCACUGCGGCAAAGCUUCCGUGCCGUUGCUGUUGUGGUAGACACCUUUGCGGACGCCCGCUUGAAUGAUGUGGAAAAUUUGGCGCAAGAGAUGGAAGAUGAAAUUGAGCACGACCGAACAGCUUUGGCCAAACUUUUCGCCCGAAUCGACAAGGAUGGUAGCGGGCAGCUCACAUUACAAGAGCUCAUCGAAGGUGCCAGGGAUGACUCGGGUUUCCAAAGCCGCUUGCGUGUGAUGGACAUCGACGAGCACGAUCUGGAACAGUUAUUUCAGAUGAUCGAUGUCGAUCAAUCCGGCACCAUCGAGGUGGCCGAAUUCAUCGGCCCACUGAGCAGAUGGGCUCACGAUUCGAAGACGGCACCGCGCUUCAUCAAGUACAACAUGAUCCAAACCAUGCAUUUACAAGAGGAUUUGUACGAACUCUCGGUGGACUGUUUCAACCAGUUGGCGUCUCGAAUCGAUGACUUGUCCCUGCAAAUUCGAGGGGUACGAGGCCAAACCGACCCCUUAUUUGCAGAUCUGCUCAACAACACCUUGGAGCUCGAGGCGGAGCCUUCGGACCCGCCCACGGAACCACACACCUCGCCCAUGGAGCCGCGAGAACCGGGCGACGCCAGUCCCUCGGAGGCUCCCGCGUCUUCGGAGUCGGAGAAGCCCGAGGCCGCCCAAGGCACCAUCGAGUUGGAUAGCUGCAACCCUUCACCCUCUCCCAGCCGUCAAGUGAGCCAUGGCCUUCCCCAUGAACGGCUGGAUAGGAUGGAUAGGCAGAUCAGUGGAGCCGCCCAUCAUCGGGGAGUUGACCAACCUCGAGCCUCCCCGCGUGACAUGGAAUUCUUAGCGCCCAAGUCCGUGGAGAGGGAAGCACGUGAGAGUUCAAAUGCCAUUGAAAAGAUGUUGGAGUCUGCCAUGGCCAAACUUGAAAGCAAGUUGGAGCAAUUGUUAGUCGAAGCACGCAAGACUCCUAUGGACCGACAUGUGCUACCCAGUGAAGAUUUGACAGCUUUUGCAGAUGCAAAGUUGAGACAGCGACGAAAGAAAGGAAAGAAGAUGCUGCACCCAGAAGCCUUCAGGAGCAUGUACAUGAACCAUGGCCGUCGGCUUUCUUUGGUGGAGCUUCCCAGUGCUCAACGACGACAAUCCUCGCACGACGCCGUCGCGCGGCCGCGACGCAGAAGUUUGUCCGCAGAUGGUCUUCAAGGUCCUCCAGACAAUGCUGUUGGCCGCACCAUCACCGCGACGGAUCUUCUGAAAGAGGCCAAAACCCAUGGCAAUUUUCAGGACUCUCCGGAAUCUCGAAGAGAUUCUCGAAGAGAUUCUCCUGUCAAACCCAUUUGA